AGCACUGAGCUUGUUUCACUGGUAUAGAAGAUGCCGGCCUUUGCCACGGCCAGAAUCGCUGCCACUCUCCGACCCACUUGCUACAUCUCUAAGCUUGAAAGCGAACCACUUAGUAUCUUUAGGCUUGCGUUGAAUACGACACUCCAUAACGACUUCACAACACGGGGACCGUUUUCAUGGCUGAUUUUGAAUUUGGUGACCGGCCAAUCAGAUAUAGCUACGGUGCGCCACCAUCAUAAGUCCAAGGACUUCACGAUAAGCUCACCAUUUCUGUCACUGCGUGAAUACAGACGCCGUGCCAGGUAUGCAUUCAAAUGUAGAACUCGUACAUUCGCGCAUCAGCGCGAUGUGCAUAAUAUUUGUUGUGUCUCUGUUCGCUUCAUCAUUUCCUUUGCUCUCGAAGCGCGUCACGUUUCUUCAUAUACCUCGCAUCGUUUUUUUUAUUGGAAAACAUUUUGGAACAGGUGUCAUCCUGUCCACAGCGUUCGUUCAUCUCCUCCAAGAAUCCUUCGAGGCUCUGAGGAACCCAACUCUACGCUCUCGCUCGAAGAUAGGGGAUUUUACUGGUCUCAUUGUACUCACCUCGCUUUUGUCCAUAUUCUUGAUUGAAUAUGCAUCCACCUCAUACGUAGACCGGCUCCAGUCAUACAGUUCACCGAUUCCAUCUCCAGAAUCGACUACCCCGAUAACUACGUCACCGCCUAUCUCCGCGGCACUUACCUGUCGCGAUGAUACGCCUAAGCCAAUAGAAAGCCGUGCUUCCCAAUCUGAGCGCACGCAUCUCGUACAUUCUCAUUCCUCACCAAGCCCUCGACGUACCCGAUCGUUCUCGUAUGGGUCUACAAGUCAGCCGCAUAGGCACGAUUCCUACUUUUUCGAGGGACACCAUAGACACGAAUCUAGGUGCUCCCAUGAUACGCACCAUGAACGCGGAUUCAAGCUAUCGUCAUCAUAUGGCCCAGAAGAAUUCCAACAGGGUAUCGUAACUGGCAUUGUAAACGUGCGUGACCGGGAGCUGCAUGCUGAGCAUGGGCAUUUACACACGCUCGAUUCCGAAAUGGAAGAAGUUCAAGUUGGAAAGAAGAGGCAGAUUGUUGGCAUUCUCGUGUUGCAAUUAGGCAUUAUGAUACAUUCCGUCAUCAUAGGUCUAACAUUAGCCAUCACUCAGGGCUCCGAGUUCACGUCACUCCUCGUGGCAAUUAUUUUUCACCAGCUUUUUGAGGGAUUAUCGCUCGGCAUUCGGAUAGCAUCUCUUCCUUCGUCGGACAAUGGAGGCAUUAAAUAUAUGGCCAUUUUACGGUCUACUCUUAUCAUGCUUUUUGCAGUUACUAACCCUGCAGGCAUCGUAAUCGGUCUCCUGGCAUUCAAGCGGGGUCAUGACGUCGUGGAAAUGCUCCUCAUUCAAGGAAUCAUGUCCGCAAUUUCCGCAGGGAUGUUGAUGUAUGCCGCAUGUGUCGAGAUGCUUGCAGGGGACUUCGUAAUGGACCCGAAUCUGUGGCGCAGCGAGCUUUGGAAGCAGGCGCUUGCGUUGGUGAGCUUGGGCGCGGGAGUGGUCGCCAUGGCACUCGUGGGGAUGUGAUGAGCUUUACUAGUACUGGCAAUCGACCGCAGUCGAAAACAUCUUGGUUGGUAACCUCCUGUUACUCCCUCCAUCACUACUUUGACUUCUUGGAUCACUUGGUUGUAUUUAUUGUUGGCAUGAUUGAACGUUGAACACUGA